CUUUCCGCUCCAUUGUGUAGCUGUCUCCCAUCCUGCCUUUUCCCUUCGCAUGAUCUCGGACUGACCCAGUCUGGCUUCGCUGUCCUGCGGUGGCUGCGCUUCACUUACUUACCGGUUUUUUUUUAAAGCGCUGUCGACGGCCUUUAGUUAGCGAUGGAUGACUUCGACAUGCUGAGCGCGCCGCAGCCCGAGGCUGGUAACGGCACAGAGGAGGACCCGGCCGCCGCUUUCCUGGCCCAGCAGGAGAGCGAGAUCGCGGGCAUCGAGAACGACGAGGGCUUCAGCAUCCUGGACAGCGGGGAGGUCCCGUCAUCUUUCACCGACAACCUGACAGAUGCCUUCGACGGCGCCCUUAACGGUGAAGUGCACGAGGCGAGCAACGGUCCCACCGAUGUUUACGCCGCGAUCUCCAGUGUCGACCGCCUGCAGUCCGAGCCGGAGAGCCUGUGCAAGUGGAGGGAGGAGCAGACGGAGAGGCUGGAGGCUCUGGACGCCAACUCCCGCAAGCAGGAGGUGGAGUGGAAGGAGAAGGCCAAGCAGGAGCUGGAGGAGUGGCACCUGCGGCAAGACGAGCAGCUGGAGAAGACGAGAGCCAGUAACAGAGAGCUGGAUGAAGACUUCUACAGGCAGCCCUUCUCUGAGCUGAUUGGUUAUGUCACACACAUUAAUCAUCCUUGCUACCGCCUAGACCAGGCGGCUGAAGAGGCCAUGGUGUGCGACAUGGACGAGAGCAGCCCUGGCUCUGAGUGGGAGCGCGUGGCGCGACUCUGCGACUUCAACCCCAAGUCCAGCAAGCAGGCCAAGGACGUGUCCCGCAUGCGCUCGGUGCUCAUCUCUCUCAAACAGGCGCCGCUGGUCCGCUGAGCCUCGGGACGAGACCGGGACCGGACCCAGAACCACACUACAAGGCCGCACCCGCUCAAGCACCACCCCCAACCCGCCCGAAGAGCCCCCCAGCCUGCAGGUCGAUGGACUGACUCCUCCUCAAUCAUAAAAAAAGAGAUUGACUUAUUAUAUAUUUUUUUUUCUAUUUUUUGAGGACCAAACUGUAGUAGUGUGUGAAAGCAUUAGAAGAAGCAGCAACAUAGUGACUGCACACUAUCUAUGCAUUUCUGUUGAACUUCCCAGGUAUAAAGUAAUAAAUGCGUGCGUGCAUGCGUGUGUACAUGCGUGCAUGCGUGUGUACACACAGAAUACAGGCGAUGCAUACACACGCCUGUGUGACGAGGGAAGUAGGUAGAUCAGGUUUGAAGAACAUAGCUGUAGUCCAACCAUUUCAAUAUGUGUGUUUCAAUGUCCCUUGGAGGGUUUGACUCAUUAAAAGUAUAUGGAACUUU